UUCCUCCUUGUAUGUUUCCAGUUCCUCUCACAUUUGUCUGCUAGUGAAACACCGCAACCAAAAACCCAACAAAUGCACUCUCGUCGUUCCCUAUUCUACCUUGGUUCAUUCCUAUCAUCAACCCUAAAACCAAACCCUAUCCCAUUUUCCUCCUCUUCCUCUUCUUCUUCAUGGCUAUCCCAACCCGGAAACCCACUCAUCCACUGGCCACCCCUCCCUCCAAACCAACCCAACCCCGCUCCAAACCCAAACCCGAAUUCAAACCCAAACCCUCCUCCACCUAACCCCAGUUUCUCCCCCAACGACUUCUCCCUCAUUUCCAAUCUCUUCACCAACCCAUCCAUCUCUCCCGGUUCACACCUCCACGCCGAACUAAACCAAACCGGAAUCAAACCGGUUUCCCCUCUCCUUAACGCCGUGUUCCAACAUUUCACAUCCUCGCCGAAAUUACUACACUCGCUUUUCCUAUGGGCGCAGAAUCAACCCGGGUUCAGACCCGAUUCAGCUUUAUUUGAUUCAGUGGUUAAUGCUCUUGCGAAAAUGAGGGAGUUUGACUCCGCUUGGACUCUUGUUCUUGAUCGCAUUGAGAGAGAUGACGGGGAAGAUGAGAAAUUGGUUUCCGUUGCUACAUUUGCUAUCAUGAUUCGACGCUAUGCUCGUGCAGGUAUGCACAAGGCUGCUAUUAGGACGUUUGAGUUUGCAAAAGAUAAGAAGUCAAUUGUGGAUUCAGGAUCAGAAAUGAGUUUAUUUGGGAUAUUGAUUGAUUCUCUUUGCAAAGAAGGGUCCAUUAGGGAAGCUUCAGAGUAUUUCUUUAGGAGAAAGGAGACAGACCUGGGUUGGGUUCCUUCAAUUCGGAUUUAUAACAUAUUGUUAAAUGGAUGGUUUCGAGCAAGGAAACUCAGGCAUGCUGAGAGACUUUGGGAAGAGAUGAAGAAGGAGAAUGUGAGACCGAGUGUUGUGACAUACGGUACCCUUGUGGAAGGAUAUUGUCGGAUGCGCCGUGUUGAAAAGGCGCUUGAGAUGAUUGGUGAAAUGACCAAAGAGGGAGUUGAACCAAAUGCAAUUGUAUAUAACCCCAUAAUCGAUGCAUUGGCAGAAGAUGGGAGAUUUAAAGAGGCUUUGGGUAUGAUCGAGCGUUUUCAUAUUUUGAAAAUAGGUCCUACCCUUUCCACUUACAAUUCUCUGGUGAAGGGUUUUUGUAAGGCAGGAGAUCUUGAAGGUGCUAGUAAAAUUCUUAAAAAGAUGAUAAGUAGGGGUUUCCUUCCAAUCCCGACUACCUAUAAUUACUUUUUUAGGUACUUUUCAAGAUGUGGAAAAGUUGAUGAAGGGAUGAGCCUGUAUACCAAGAUGAUUGAAUCUGGACAUAACCCGGAUCGUCUAACUUACCAUCUUGUUUUGAAGAUGUUAUGCGAAGAGGAGAAGUUAGAGUUGGCAGUUCAAGUUAGCAAGGAAAUGAAGCAUAAAGGACAUGACAUGGACUUGGCUACGAGUACCAUGUUAACUCAUUUGCUAUGCAAAAUGCAUAAGUUGGAAGAGGCUUUUGCAGAAUUUGAGAGCAUGGUAAGAAGAGGUAUAGUUCCUCAAUAUCUUACAUUUCAAAAAUUGAAUAUUGAGCUAAAGAAACAAGGUAUGACUGAAAUGGCUCGAAAACUUUGCCACUUGAUGUCGUCUGUUCCACAUUCUUCCAACUUGCCAAAUACAUAUGGUGAAGUCAGAGAUGAUGCACAUGCACGUAGGAAAUCUAUAAUUCAGAAAGCCAAAGCAUUUUCUGAUUUGCUGAAGGACCCCAAAGAAGUUGAUAAGCUUAGAAGUUCAUCAAAAGAUGCUGUCUCAAGUGCAAACUGUUUGAUAGAGGAUAUUGAGAAAAAGACAGAUGUAAGAUGAGAGAUUUGAGGUCUCAGUACCUGCAGGGAGGCAGUUGUGGAUGGUUCGAAACACAUGGGAAUCCAUUCACAUUUAUUCAGGGUGGAGAGAAUCAGAGGGUUUUGUAUAAAAAUGUCUGUUGUUCCUCCCUAUGUUAUUAGCAGGCUUCACAACAGUAGCCACUGAACUGAUUAACUGUUGUCUAACCAGCAAUAGUGUAUGAAAACUUAAUGGAGUUCUUUAUACAGAAAAUAGCUCCUUGUUGACAACAUUUUGGAUAUUUAUCGAAGGAGGUGGCCAGCAAUUGGAGUUAAAUUAAGAAGUUCCAGUGGCCUUACAGAGGUUGUGACUUGAUUAGUCUUUGUUUUUAGUUGGAGCCAUGCAUAAUUCAGAAAAUGUGACUGAAGAUCUGUAUCUCUAGAGGGAAUUUUUGUUUUUGCUGAUAAGUUUUCUAACUAUAUUAUUGCUGUUGGAGCUCAGUGAACACUUCUCAUGGCCUGUGUUUCCAUCACAAAAGGUGACUGAAUCCCAGUAAUAUCCAGAUGGAUCAAACUGAAGGAGUUGUUUUAGGUGAAAUUGUAGUUAUAUUUAAUCUGCCAUUAGUUGGGUGACACUAAAGCACUUCUCGAGUGUCCAAUAGUAAGUUUAAUAACUAGCACUAAAAGUGUAAAAAACUCCUACAUACAUUUUGACACUUUUAGUAUCUCUUAUGUCAAUCAUAUAAGUAUAGUGUAAUUGAUGAGUUCUAUGAUAUUCAAAUAGUAAAUUUGCAUACUAUUCGAAUUUAA